AUGUCAACAUUAGAGAACACAACAACUGCUAUCGUUCAUGAAGUCAUAAAUGAAGAAUACGAGUACAUACAAUAUAACAAACAAUUGAGACUCAUUCGUUCUGUCAAAGACGACAUGUACCAAAUGCAAAGUAUUUUGACGGCUUGUUUUGCUCCAGAUACUAAGCUUCCUAAAGACUGGUUUAGGAACCAAAGCACCAUAGAACUAUUAAGUGAAGCACAGCGAGACGUACUUUUUUCUGAAAACAGUGAAGAACAGCGAGUAGGUAAAAAAUCCCAGUCGCCAAAACUCUAUGAAAACCGUGAAAAAUUGCCAAACGGUUUGAGAGGAUAUUAUGUUCAUAGACUUUUAGUAAAUGUUGUAGCAAUGUGGGCUUCACCACGUUAUGCUUGGUAUGUUUGUAAACUUCUUGACGAAAUUCACAGACAAGAACGUGGAGAGAUGGAAAAGAAACUUCAAGCAAAAGAUGAAGUCAUUGAAUCCAAAGACAAAAGCAUACAGAAAAGAAUACCACGUUCA